AUGGUGUGGCCCUUCAUUGCUCAGCCUAUAAUCACGGUUAUCGAUCCUGAGCUCUGCUCGCAACUUACGCAAGAAACACCUCAGCCGAGGCAUCCCAUGUUCGGAUGGGCUUUAACACCGGUGACAGACGGUAUUGACUUGAUAUCGAUGAACAUGGCUGACCAUGAAGUAUGGCGCUCUCGGCUGAAUCCGGGGUUUUCGUCUCGGAACGUCAUUCAAAACAUGCCCACCGUCCUGGAGGAGGUUUCCAUCUUUGCUCAAAAAUUGAAAGACACUGCGGAUGCGGACAGUCUUGAGUGGGGCAGUAUGUUUACCCUGUACGAUGGAGCGGUUGCUCUGACUUUUGAUGUCAUUUCAAGAUUUGCACUUGAUCUUCAUCUCCACGAGCAAACAACGGGUCCUGGGCCACUGCUUACGGCUCUGAGAAAUUUGAUUUCGCGCGUUAAGCUCAAGAACAUCAGGACCAGGUUGGAACGGCUUACCCCUGAAUAUAAAUAA